UACAAACUCGAGUUCAAGUUCAAUCCAAGCGAACAUUUUGAAUACCAUUGUUGAAGCGCAUCUUUCUCAGUUCUUCGAUCGUCAGCGUUUGCCAAAAUGGCCUCCAACCAAUCCAGCUGGGACUCCACCAAGGACACUGCUGCCCAGAAGGCAGAGGAGACCAAGAACCUCGGAGCUGAGAAGACCGGACAGGCCCAGGAGCACGCUCAGGGGAUGGGCGAAGCCACCAAACAGAAGGCUGGAGAGACCGGAUCCGCUGCUCAAAAGAAGAUGGACGAGGCCAAGCAGGGCACAUCCGAUGCCACCCAGACUGCCAAAGACAAGGCUGUAGAAGCCAAGGACAACGCGGGAAACAUGUUGCAGCAGACCGGAGAAAAGGUGAAGGAAACCUUGACCAACGCCAAGGACGCUGUCACUGGCAACAACCAGUAGGACCAAUCCACCAUUGUAUAUUACAUAUAGCGUUUAUGAUUGGUUUUACUUCUGGACCGCUUCCACCGUCACUGCAUGUACAUAGGGCGUCACUUAAAGGUCGGAGUACGACCUCUAAAGUAGAGCGAAAGAAGCAGCAGUGUGAUCUCCACGCAUGUGAGGUUACUAGACUGCAUCCUGUAGAUUGUGUACAAAAUGUGAAAAAUGGCCAGUGGUAUCCACACUGAUAUUCUGAAACGAUUUUAUAUAAAAUAAAUUUUGAAUAAACUUUUCCCUUC